CUCUGCGCGCGCCCCCUUCCUGCCCGGGCCCAGCCGGAGCCGCGCGCCGUCCCGGGGCCGUGGCGGGGGGCGGGCCGGCCUCAACGGGGUCCCGGGCCCCGCGAGCUGCGCCCCCGCCCCGCCCCCGGGAUCCCUUUGUGCUCCGGGGAUGGCGGGAGGGCGGCGGGGCGGGGAGCGGGCGGAGAGGCGGUCGCGGGGUGGGAGGAGGGGGCCGCCGCGCCCGCAGGUGGAGGUGCGGCCUGGGCGGCCAGCCCCGCGCGGCCCAGGGCUGCCGUCUCCUUUAUCAUGGAAGGAAGCCGGCAGACGCGAGUGUCUCGGCCGUACAAGAUCAGCGAGUCGUCAAAGGUGUACCGCUGGGCCGACCACUCGACCACGGUGCUGCAGCGGCUGAAUGAGCAGCGCCUCCGUGGCCUCUUCUGCGACGUGGUCCUGGUGGCCGACGAGCAGCGCGUGCCGGCCCACCGCAACCUGCUGGCCGUGUGCAGCGACUACUUCAACUCCAUGUUCACCCUGGGCAUGCGCGAGGCCUUCCAGAAGGAGGUGGAGUUGGUGGGCGCCUCCUACAUCGGGCUCAAGGCCGUGGUGGACUUCCUGUAUGGCGGCGAGCUGGUGCUGGACGGCGGCAACAUCGACUACAUCCUGGAGACGGCCCACCUGCUGCAGAUCUGGACGGCGGUGGACUUCUGCUGCGAGUACCUGGAGCAGGAGGUGAGCGAGGACAACUACCUGUACCUGCAGGAGCUGGCCUCCAUCUACAGCCUCAAGCGGCUGGACGCCUUCAUCGACGGCUUCAUCCUCAGCCGCUUCGGCACGCUGUCCUUCACGCCCGACUUCCUGCAGAGCAUCUCCAUGCAGAAGCUGUGCCUCUACCUGGGCAGCAGUGACGUGCAGCGGGAGUGCGAGCACGACCUGCUGCAGGCCGCCCUGCAGUGGCUGACGCAGCAGCCCGAGCGCGAGGCGCACGCCUUCCAGGUGCUGGAGAAUAUCCACUUCCCGCUCAUCCCCAAGAACGACCUGCUGCACCGCGUCAAGCCGGCCGUGUGCGCGCUGCUGCCGCGGGAGGCCAACUGCGAGGGCUUCAUCGAGGAGGCCGUGCGCUACCACAACAGCCUGGCGGCGCAGCCGGUCAUGCAGACCAAGCGCACGGCCCUGCGCACCAACCAGGAGCGCCUGCUCUUCGUGGGCGGCGAGGUCUCCGAGCGGUGUCUGGAGCUCAGUGACGACACCUGCUACCUGGACGCCCAGAACGAGCAGUGGGUCAAGGAGACGCCCCUGCCGGCCCGGCGGAGCCACCACUGUGUCGCCGUGCUGGGGGGCUUCAUCUUCAUCGCGGGCGGCAGCUUCUCGCGGGACAACGGAGGGGAUGCGGCGUCCAAUCUUCUUUAUAGGUAUGACCCCCGCUGUAAACAGUGGAUCAAGGUGGCCUCCAUGAACCAGCGCCGCGUGGAUUUCUACCUUGCGUCCAUUGAGGACAUGCUGGUGGCCGUCGGUGGCCGGAAUGAGAACGGAGCUCUCUCUUCGGUAGAGACCUACAGUCCCAAGACGGACUCCUGGUCCUACGUGGCCGGCUUGCCAAGGUUCACGUAUGGCCACGCGGGCACCAUCUACAAAGACUUCGUGUACAUCUCGGGGGGCCACGACUACCAGAUUGGGCCCUACCGCAAGAACCUGCUGUGCUACGACCACCGGACGGACGUGUGGGAGGAGCGGCGGCCCAUGCCCACGGCGCGCGGCUGGCACAGCAUGUGCAGCCUGGGGGAUAGCAUCUACUCCAUCGGCGGCAGCGACGACAGCAUCGAGUCCAUGGAGCGCUUCGACGUGCUCGGCGUGGAGGCCUACAGCCCGCAGUGCAACCAGUGGACCCGCGUGGCGCCGCUGCUGCAGGCCAACAGCGAGUCGGGGGUGGCGGUGUGGCAGGGCCGCAUCUACAUCCUGGGCGGCUACAGCUGGGAGAACACGGCCUUCUCCAAGACCGUGCAGGUCUACGACCGCGAGAAGGACAAGUGGAGCAAGGGCACCGACCUGCCCAAGGCCAUCGCCGGCGUGUCCGCCUGCGUCUGCGCCCUGACGCCACGCCUGGAGGACAAGAAGAAGAAGGGCAAAGGCAAGCGGCCCCAGGACCGCGGCCAGUGACCGCCCCCGGGCCGAGUCCUGGCGCCGUUGUGUGCGACUUCGCAGCUUUUUUUUACUUUUAUGAUUUUUGGCACUUCUGUGACACCACAGUGACCGAUUAAAUCUUCUCUAUAACUUUG